GUUUUGUCGGUAGUGGAGCAACGUCUGCCACAAUGGCCUUCUACGUUGCUAUUGUGCUCCUUGUAAAGCUUGGGAUCAUCGUCGAUCAAGGUCACGCUCAAGGAUGCUCCCUCCAACAAUGUGCAGCGCUCUUGACCAGCAUGACCCAACUUUGUGCCGAGAAUGGGGAGGAACAGAUCCAGACAGUUCUAAUCGACCCUCCAGGAUCUAAUCGACCUCCCAAGGAUUCCUCGGGAGAUUCCAGAAAGCCAUCUAGGGAUCGGCUGAACGCUUGGGAUCGACCUUUCUCGUCCUCGGUCAUGAAAAAUCACGAUCAAGGCUCACCGAGGGACAGUGACGAGAAUCCUUUCGGUUAA